GCUAAGAUAACUAUUAUCUCGAAGAAUGGAGCGAGUGGAGAUUUCCCGGGCUGUACUGACUUGGCGUAUGAGAGAGCUGCAAACGACGGGGUUGACAUUCUUGAUUGCAAUGUCCAGAUGUCUAAAGACAAGAUCCCCUUUUGUCUGAGCUCCAUUGAUCUUAUGAACAGCACUAAUGUCAUCGAAACUAGCUUCAGAAAUCUGUCAUCAGUAGCUGCAGAGAUUCAACAGAACAAAGGGAUCUACACUUUCAGCCUGACCAUGUCUCAAAUACAAACCUUGAAGCCCACUAUUUCGAAUCCUUUUAGGAACUCCGGUUUGAUCAGAAACCCAAGAAACAAAAACGCUGGAAAACUUCUUACAUUAUCCGAGUUCUUGAAUAUUUCAAACGGUUACAUCUCUCUCUUAGGCAUCUUGAUAGAAGUGGAGAAUGCAGCUUAUUUACUGGAACAUCAAGGAAUUAGCGUGGUCGAUGGCAUCAUCACUGACUUCCCUGCAACCACUGCAAGAUACAGAAAGAACCAAUGUUACAGCAACCUGGAUGCGGUUCCAACCGGUGUGCUCAGAUCUUUAGGGAACAAAAUGCUUUUGGAUCCGGCCGAAGCUCCGUAUCCAUUACUAGUUGACUCAGAUGUCACGGAGCCACCAUUGCCUGAAGUAAUUAGAAGUCAGCCUCCUGCUUCUACGCCUACGCCUACGCCAUCAAAGUCAGAGGAAAAAGCGAUAGAAGUUCCCUUUGCAUUUAUAACCAUGGCGAUUCUUGUGAGCUUCUUUAUUUCAGUUUAGCUUUUAAGUGCUUGUAACUGACUUCAAUUGCAGUAUCUGCAAGUAAAAUAUAUGAAUAACAAAAACGGUUUAGUA